CAACUACGACAUGAGAUGAGCCUCCAUAUGCGACUGUAAAUUGUAAAGUAAGCCCGACCGUGGAGGCAUGAAGGGAGGGCAGGCAUCCUUUUUUUCUUUACAAUUAUUUUUUAUAAAAGAAAGAAAUUUAUGCAGUUUCAUUCCCACUUUCAAUUGAAAACAGGAAAUAAAACAACUUGAUUGUUUCUUUCUUUUCUUUCCCAAUCCCAAUCCCAAUCCCAAUAUAUAGUAGCUGAUAGGCAGGCUGAGGCUGGUGGGUAGUUAUUUUAUUUCCAGAAAUUGAAAAAAUUAAUGUCAGAGACAGAGAGCAGCUGCAGCUCACACUCACAGGUCAUAACAUGCAAAGCGGUGGUAUGCUGGGGAAUAGGAGAAGCAGGGAAGGUGGAAGAGAUACAAGUAGAGCCUCCAAAAGCGUCUGAAGUUCGGGUGAAGAUGCUCAACGCCAGUCUUUGUCACACUGACAUCUUGAUUUCCCAAGGCCACCCAAUUUGUGGUAGAGAGCAUCGGGGAGAAGGAGGAGAUAUAAAAGAAGGAGACAUGGUAAUUCCAACGUUUGUUUCAGAGUGCCAGGAAUGCGAGAAUUGUGUGUCGGGAAAGACAAACAUGUGCCUCAAAUAUCCUUUAUCGUUCACCGGUCUCAUGCCGGACGGCACUUCAAGAAUGUCUGCCAAGGGACAGAAGCUGUACAUGCAUGUAUUUUCUUGCUCAACAUGGUCAGAGUACAUGGUUGUGAAUGUUAAUUACCUUGUCAAGCUUCCUCCCACAAUGAUUACUAGUGGUAGUUUUCCUCUCCCCCACGCAAGCUUCCUCUCCUGUGGAUUUUCUACUGGAUUUGGGGCUCCUUGGAAGGAAGCUAAGCUUGAAAAAGGAUCAACUGUCGCUUUUAUUGGUCUUGGUGCUGUUGGAUUAGGGGCAGUUGAGGGCGCUAGGAUCAUUGGCAUCGACAAAAAUGACAGGAAAAGAGAAAAAGGAAAAGCUUUUGGAACGACUGAUUUUAUAAACCCUGAUCAUCAUCAUCAUCAUCACCAUAAAUCAGUUUCUCAGAGCUUUGAGUGCACCGGGUUUGCACCCUUCAUCAAUGAAACCCUUGAGGCCACAAAAUUGGUAUCCAUACAAUAUACCUUUUUUUUUCCUGCCAUAAUAGACUGUUUGAAUUAG